GAAGCAGAGGGCUCAACUGCUAGCCUGGUAUUGGGCAGCACCAGUCGGAGACGCAGGACCCAGAGCAGGAGAAGCUCCAGGCGACUCCCGGAGACUGAAGUUACUCCCACCGGGGAUUCCACAGGAACGAUGGGUAACCAAAUGAGCGUCCCACAAAGAGUCGAAGACCAAGAGAAUGAAACGGAACCCAAUGCUUACAAGGCAUCCGACAGCGCAUGCGAUCAGAACGGGAUCCCAGCGAUCAUAUCGACCCACACGGUUCAGCACUACGAUGAAGUCGAUCUGGGAAUAAGCAUCCAGAAGGAUAAUGUGACCACUUCUUCCCCCAAGACAAUGGAGAUGAGCGCUGUGGCCGAUGCCAACGGAAAGAAUCUUGGGAAAGAGGCCAAACCCGAGGCAACAGCUGCUAAAUCUCGUUUUUUCUUGACACUCUCUCGGCCUGUACCAGGACGUACCGGAGACCAAGGCACAGAUUCAUCCAAUGGACCCGCGAAGCUUGAUGUCAGCUCCAAUAACGCUCCGGGGAACAAAGACCCGAGUGAGAAGUCUGCGCUUCCGGGCGCAGCUGCACCCGGCGGGGCCGCGGAUAAAACCCCAGGGCGGACCCCCGGCCCCGACCAGGCCCUCUCUGCCCCCGGGGCACCUGAGUCAGGGGCGGCCCCCGCCAAGGACUCCAGCUUUUUCGACAAAUUAUUCAAACUGGACAAGGGACGGGACAAGGCAGCCGUUGACAUCCAGGAGGAAGCCAGGAGUGCCGAGUGCGGGGACCAGGCCGAGGAGACCCCUGGAUGCCCGGGGCAGGGCGAUGCGGUCCCUGCAGGGAAGGACAUAGUCGACAGCAAGGAAACAGAAGGGCGAGAGAUUGAAACCUUGAGUUGCUCUGUCUCUGGGGACACAGAAGGACUGGAGAUUGCAAAGGACGACUCACAGACCACAAAUACAACUGAGAAUAAUAAUUCCAUCAUGAGUUUCUUCAAAACUCUGGUAUCACCUAACAAAGCUGAAACAAAAAAGGAUCCAGAAGAUACGGCUUCCAAAGCAGAAAGCAUCUGCGAUGGGCAAGCAGGUCAGAAGACGUCUGAGACCCGGGCGAAGGGCAGCAAGAAGCAGCUGGAGAGCCCCCGGCUGGGCCUCGCCUUUAGGAAAUUCCUUAGACAUAAGGGUGCUGAGAAGUCACCCACCCCAGCCAACCUCAAAUCAGACAAAGCCAACUUCACACCCCAGGAGACUCCAGGGGCAGCCAGGAGCCCUAAAGGCUGCAGCCCUUCAGGUCCUGGGCCGUCUGUGACGGGGGCUGAAACAGCAAAGGAAGGCGGCAAGGAGAAGUCGGGGCCCACCUCUCUGCCUCUGGGAAAACUGUUUUGGAAAAAGUCAGUUAAAGAGGAUUCAGUCCCCCCAGGUGCAGAAGAAAAUGUGGUGUGUGAGUCACCAGUAGAAAUUACAAAGUUUGAGAAAGUAGAAUCAGCCGUACAAACAGUGGACCUCAGUGAAGAAGAAGAGGCUAAACCUGAACCCUCGGAAGUAAAACUCAGAAGAGAAGAAAGCAAGCCGCGGAGGGCCUCCCUGAGGGCACUGUUCAGACAAAUGUCAGUGAAGGGGGAUGAAGGCAGCCCGCGCGCAGAAGAAAUAAGUGGGAAAGACUCCGGCUGCCAAACCUCCAACUCCACGGAGAAGCCCGUCACGCCCCCGGAGCCCGAGCCCUCGGGGUCGGCCCAGAAGGGCAAGGAGGGUUCCUCCAAGGACAAGAGGCCAGCAGCCGAGACCAGCAAGCAGAAGAACAGCAAGCAGGAGGCCAAAGAACCAGCCCAGGGCCCGGCGCAGGCCCCGGCCGACAUGAACUUGCUGCAGAACGGGGGCAAGUCGCAGAAGAGACCCGAGAAGCCGCGGCAGUCCCUGGGGGGCUUCCUUAAGGGUCUGGGACCAAAGCGGAUGUCAGAUGCUCAAGUGCAGACAGACCCGGUAUCCAUCGGACCAGUUGGCAAAUCCAAGUAAACACAUCACCAUGGUCCCCACCAGGGUCUCCCACCACCAGGAUGCUUUCUCCCCACCCCAUCUCCUCCCCAAACACACUUUGUACAUAGAUUUUUUUUCCCUUCUCAUGGCCAUCCAAUGAAAUUCUGCCUACAAAUUAGCCUGAGCUGUUGUAUAUUGAGGUGUAUUAUUUCUCUCUCUGGUCCAGUCUUUCCUAGCAAAUCACUGUAAGGAUGGGCUCGCAGGUUGAAUCCUUAGGUCAGCAGCGUCGGGUGCCAAGCAGGGCAGGGAGGAGGUGAGGAUGCCUUGGUUAAGUUAUGAAAGAUGGCAUGACUGGGAAGUCCAGAAGAAAAUUGCCUGCGAGGAGAAAAAAAAAAUAGCAUUGUAGCAAACACAUGCUCAUCCUCCAAGUUUGAAGAGGGGAGAGGAAAAUCCAUUUAUUUAAGUUCACACUCGAGGGAGGGAGAACACCGACUGUGUGUUGGGCGGUUGCCAAUUUCCUGAAAUGGAAUGUGUGGGGUAUGAGAAAGGAAUGACUAAGAGUGGGUUUUCAAAUAGGGUCCUUGAGAGUUAUUGACGGGAGGGAAACGAUUGACUGGAGAGGGCUUGAAAUGAUUUGGGACAAUUGUUCUUUAGGCUCAGGGACAAGGAAAAGGAUCACAGCUUCAGAAAACAAAAAUACAUGAGGUUGCACGUUUGUCUUGCAACACAAGGGGGCGCCAAGGUCUCCCUUUUUAUUCUGCAUCCUGCGUCCCUAACAAGGAUCUGGUCUCCGCAAGCUUACAUUAUUAAUGUCUCUCAGAUGGCUGGGGGGCUUGCUUCAUCUGUUCCGUCUGACGCUUAUCUCAAGUCUGUCUGUAAUUUCCUAAUGUUCUCGGGAUGUGCUCUCAUAAAACCCUCCCCGUAACCCCAGUUAAUAAAAAUUUACAGAAGGGUACUCAAAUACCUGAGGUUUUUUUUUUUUUUUUUAAUCCUUGUACAGAAGACGACAUAGGACGAUGAGUCUGUUACAAUGUAAUUCAAAGCAGCAUAUAUUGACGGACAGUCAUGUAUACUGUAUCUUUGUUUUUCUGAUUUAAUAAAAAAAUUCAUUUAUU